AUGAGCACAAACGCUUCGGAAAACUCAGAUUACAGGUUCAACGCAGAGGCGUUGUCGCUGCGACAAUGGAACGGAAUAAACUACUUCAAUGGCAGACGGAAAGCCUGCGUCGUUAUUUUUGACGACGACAGCCACCUGCAUCUCUCCACUCGCGAGUCAAGCCGGACAAGCCAGUAUUUUUGCUUGCCAAUGUCAAAGGAAUGGACAGUGUAUCCUCUGAAUUUUGGCACAUCUCGAGAAUGGUUGUUGGAAAGCAGAUCUAGGAAGCAUGGCAAUGUCAUUGAGAGAUGGUCGUUGGAAUUUGAUUCGCUCGAGACUCAUGACCGGUUUGGUGUUGUCCUGACCGAAUGUCAGAAUCGCGGGAGCGAAAACAAGCAAGCAAGCGGCAUUCUCGCACAACCUGGAAAACAGGCUCCCGAAGAUAAAUCAGAGCUGGAUGGUGAAAGUUGGGUUAUAAUUGGCCAUCAUUAG